AUGGAUGAAAGUGAAAAUGCUGUGAUGGAAGGCAGCCGGCAGACACGGGGUGACGAUAACAAUGAAGGGAUAUAUGCAAAAGAAAACGUUACGCAUAAGAAUGAGAAAGAUGGGCUUAGGACUGAAGACGGAUGUGGUAUCCGUGCAAGUGAAACUCCUCAGAUUGCGCAUGAAAAAUUUGACUCCUCGGAGCACGCUGCAGUAGCAGCAAAGGAUGGUGAAGAAGCAGUUGUAGACAAAACAUGUUCGCAGUCUGGGACAAGUAAAAAUGGAAGUUUUGGUACUGAACAUUUCGAUGCUAUUAAUCAGAGUGUUCAAGAAAAUCAAUAUAAUGAUGAAGGUAGUACUGGAAAGCAAAGCUCGUCAGAAAUAUCGGAAAAUAAGGUUCUCGAAACUACUCAUGACAGUUCAGAGACAGCAGAAGCUCGAAAUAUUUAUAAUGCUGGAAAGUCGCACUCACAAGUUCCGAAACACUAUGUCCCUCCAGGUUGGAUAUAUCACGGCGAAAGUGAUGGAUAUCGAUAUUAUAUAGGUUGUGCAGGAGAGAUGUAUUCGGUGGAUAGAGAUGGCUACUGGUACAUGCAGGAUGGCAGUGGCAAUUUUAUCCCAUACAAUGGUUAUCAAUAUAAUCGCGGAACACACAGUUCUAUAUUUCCACGUGAUAGUCAAGGACGGUUCAUUUUGCCAACAAAUGCGCGUGGUGAAAAAGCUUUUCCAGUGGAUACAAAUAAUAUGCCAAUUUUCCCGUUCGAUACAACAACUCAUUUGCCUACUUUUCCUGUAGAUGAAAACGGGCAACCUGUGUUUCCAACUGGUGCUCUCGGCAGACCCAUUGUACCGAUCGAUACAAACGGCUUGGCUAUAUUUCCUCGUGAUGCAAAUGGUCGAUUCAUAUUUCCUUCUGGGCCGAAUGGCAGGCCCACAGCACCUGUGAAUAUCUAUGGUGUUCCAGUAAUGCCGUUGGAUGAACAGGGAAAGCCAGUAGUACCGUACGAUGCGAGUGGAACACCUCUCAUUCAUUUAGCCAGUGAUGGUAGUUUUGUUAUCCGUGUUUCAGUGCUUUUUAUCAUGAAACAUUUUAGCUUAUGUUUAGCCUUUUCAGUCUACGGUAUGACUCCUCUCACUGAAGAAGAAUAUCAGUACUCUUUGCAGUGGAACGACUAUUACAAUCGUUAUUAUAAGAGCACCGCAGAACAAAAAGUAAGCAGUUCAAGUCAUUCUGAAGUGCAACCGACUGCUACGAACGAUACAUAUGAGCAGAAAGCGAAGAAUAUGAAAUUGCUAAAAAAGGUUCGGCCUGAAGACAUUGAUUUGCCGCCGUGUGUCCCACCUCCACCAUCAACACAGCCUCCACCACCAGUUUCAGAUGGAUCUGCUUUAUCUGGUGAUGUGGAGAAAAAAGCAACUCCUGACCCUGCUUUGAAGGCAAAAACCAAAAAAAUGAUUGAAAUGCAACUAAAAUUCUCGCGCAAAAAGUUUCGUGAUGUAGCUCAUUCCUCAGUUGCAGUAUUGCCCUCUAACGAAUCGAUAAAUACAUCCGCUGAGCAUGCACUAUUACCUCGACAGCCAAGCGAUUCGCCGGAAAAUAUUGGCAAAAUAGAAUCACCAAAGGAACGGCCUCCUCCUCCUCCGACGCAUGCUCCAACACCAGACCUAUCCAUAGCUGUAGAACCUGAUAAUACUGAAGUUAUUAAGUCAUUUAAUAUGGCACUUACUUGUUCACCGAAAUCACUGGAUUCACAGAUUAUGCAAAAACUGGGCAGAAAUUUUAGUGAUGAUUUAGAAGUGAAGAUGCAAAACGUCGUCCUGCAAUCAGAACCUGCUUCAGUUAUUAUGAAUGUACCAGGCAAAGAAGUCAGAACAUAUGGUGGUGUGGAAAACUUUGAAAAUCCGAAAUUAUUCCCAGAUUUGUAUGGGAAUUUAAGAAAUGAAUUUCAAGCGAAUAGUGAAGCCUUCGGGAAAGUGAUUACGACGAAAUUAGAUGAGCGAAUGUCUGGAUCGGGGAAUGAAUUCAUUUCUGCAAAGCAGCCAAAGUUUGUUUUGACAGACAGUUCGGUUAAGCUGAACGCUGUCUCAGAAAAAGAGCCUCAAGAUAAAGAAGAUAUUGAGGAAGAAAAGGUGGCAACAAGAACAAAGCUAUCUGUCGACUAUGAGUCAAAAAUCGAAAAUCAGGCAUUGCGAAAACGUGAUGACAACGAUGAAUCUAUUUCGAUAUCACGUGAAAAACGUUCCGAGAAAAAAAUGCGCCAUCGUGAUGAGUCGAAAGGGAAAAGAAGGAAACGAAGAAGUGAAAGCAGGCAUAGACGCUCACGAAGUCGAUCAUCAUGUCGUGAUUCACAUCGUAGAAGUCGUUCUCGAGGGAUAAAACACAGAAGCCGAACUCGUAGUCGUACACCACGUGAUCAUUACUAUCGUAGCAGAUAUCGGUCUAGAAGUCGAGAUCGAUUUUACAGACAUGAAGGUUCUCACUAUGAUCGUCGUAGUUACCGACGUUAUUGGACCCCUGAAACUGAAGAAAGAUAUCCAUAUCGAAGACGUCAUUCCUCCUCUAGAGGCAGAUCUUCACGACAUGAAAGGAGUACAAGCCGGGAUUUAACGCCAGCAGGUGACAAAUCAAGCAGAAGCCGUAGUUAUUACGAACAGUCAAAAAGUCGGACUGAAUCACCAAUUGCUUCGCGGCACUCCUCCGUUGCACGUUCUGGUUCACAAUGUAAGACUACAGAUAGUCGUAAUCGGAGCUCUAGUCGCCAUAAUUCUCCGGAAAUCAUAGAGCAUAAAUCUGGAAAAUCACCAGAACUAGCUGAAGAUCUGGAAUCUAUUGAGGAUACUGUUGAUGUGCACAAAUCAUCCCAUCACUCAGCAAGCCCCGGCAGUGAAAAGAGUUCGGUAAAAGAGCUCGACAUGUCAGAUAAAAAAUCAAAGAAACACAAGAAAACCAAAGAAAAGCAUAGAAAAAGAAAAAAGAGUCACCACAAGAAGAGAGAGAAGAGAAAGUCAAGCCCGUUUAUGGUUGAAAGUGAAUUAGAUGACAAGUCAGUCCUGUCGAAAGAAGCAGAUUUGAAUAUGAAUGUAUCCUUAAGUCAUUUUGAGGAUGAAAGAGCAGAAGUAUCUUGUAAUACGAAAAAAGAACUGAAUGAAUGUAAAAAUGAGAGAGCAAAAAAGAAGAAGGAGAAAAAAAAGAAGAAAGAACGUCGCAAUACUAGCACAGAAAGAAAUGUUGUCACGAAAAAGAUCUCAAACGAAACACUGGAAGAUGGUGAAAUCAUAACGGGAAAGGAUACAUCACCAAGAACAAGGGAAAAAGUGGUUAAUUAUGCAACGUCUGAAUCAGAAGAGGAAAACGGUAAUGCAGGAGAAUGGAAAAAACCUGCCGAACAACUAGCCGAAAACUGUAAUACAAAAAGUAUUUCUCCUACAGUGAAUUUCACAGUGAACUCUAAAGCGACAGAUAGUGCUAUCAAACUUAGAGAGGAAUUCAACAGUGCUGACAUUAUUCGAUCAUCAGUUUUGUCAUUCGAUUUUGUUGAUGAGAUACUGAAGGUUCCUGGUGAUAAUGCCAAUAUUUCUAACUUGGAAAAGAAAGCGAAACAAAAUUAUGAGCCGGUGAAUCCUAAGAAAGAAACAAAAAUUACAGUAGAUCUCGAAGAUGAUGGGAUUUCAAGUAAACUUAAAGAUUUGAACAGCGACUUCAAUGAAAUUACUGCUCGAGAAGCAGAAAAACUGAAAUCGGGUAAUAUCGCGGAGGCAAUGAAUAAGUUGAAGGAACUGCGCGGAUAUGUCAAGUCGAAAGUGACCGUUUCAAAUUCGGCCACUGAAACAGAAGUAAUAAAAGAAUUUAAUCAACCAAGUGGUAAUGAUUCUACAUUUACUGGGCACAGUUUAGCCGAUGUUCCGUUACCAAAAGGAGUGCAAGUGGCAGUUGAUGUUAUGGAACGAACUGAACAAAUUGCGACACCUGAAAUUCGAAUCCAAGAAGCCUGUACAAGUGCUAAGAUAGAUUUAAAGGAUAGGGAUGUGAGGAGAAAAAAAGAAAUGCUUAAGCGAAAGUGGGAAGAAGAUGAAGAAGAUGAAUUGAGCAGAUUAAGAUAUGAAGCAUUGCGAAGCAAAACAAGAAGGUUGAUGAACGAUCUAAGGGCUGAACGGCGUCGUCUGAAAAGAGAGCGCUUACGUGCUACUAUCGCAAUGCGGCGAGCUCGUGAGCGAUCGGUUGAUACUAGUGUUGAUGAAAUUUUGCUUGCCGAUACUUCAGACAGUAGCGAAACAGAUGAUUCGGAGGACUAUUCAUCUUCACAUAAGGAUUAUUUGUAUUUUCACAGGCAGUAA